AUGGCUGAAGUAAUUAUUAUCGAUGAUGAUGAUUACGAUAUGGAUCUGAUUGUGGCUGAGAGGAUGGAGAUAGAGAGAGAGGAGAGAGAGAUGAAUAUUGGUGCUCACGAAUUAUCAGACGAGGAUGAGCCUGAUAAUGAAAUGUUACUUGAUGUAAUAGAACCGUUGACGGAUAGUGACUAUAACAGUGAUGAUAGUGAGGAUGGAGAAAUGAAUAUUGAAGAUGCUCCUCGCUCUGGUCGGCCAGUCACCACUGAUGUCGACCAAAUAACAGCUUUAAUCGAUUCCGAGCGGCAGAGCACAGUUCGGGAAAUCGCAGCGAGGUUAAACAUUGGCAAAUCAACUGUUUCCGAACAUUUAAACAAGCUCCAGAUGGUAAAAAAGCUUGAUGUUUGGGUGCCGCACGACUUAACUGAGAAAAAUCGUAUUGACCGCAUUUCCAUCAGCGAUUUGCUAUACAAACGCAAUGAAUACGAUUCAUUUUUAAAACGCAUCAUAACAGGCGACGAAAAGUGGAUAAUUUAUAAUAAUGUCGAGCGUAAAAGGUCGUGGAGCAAGCGAGGUGAACCGCCAUUAACCACUUCGAAGGCAGGCUUACAUCCGAAAAAGGUAAUGCUCUGCAUUUGGUGGAAUUGGAAGGGGAUAGUAUAUUAUGAGCUACUACCGGACAACGAAACCAUCGAUUCGGACAAGUACUGUUCACAGUUGGAUAAAUUGAAGAUAGAAAUCGCCAAAAAGUGUCCGGAAUUGAUCAAUAGGAAAGGCGUCGUUUUUCAUCAUGAUAACGCCAGACCUCAUGCAAGUUUGCAGACUCGCCAAAAAUUAUUGGCGUUUGGCUGGGAUGUUUUGCCUCAUCCACCGUAUUCCCCCGACAUUGCACCCUCGGAUUUUCAUUUAUUUCGAUCGCUACAAAACUCAAUUAAUGGUUUGAACUUUGCUUCUUUGCAACUCCUCAAAAACUACUUGGACAGCUUCUUCGCCGAAAAAACCCAAGACUUCUAUGAGAGAGGAAUUAUGAAAUUACCCGAAAGAUGGAAAAGUAUUGUGCAAAAUAAUGGUGCAUAUAUCACAGAAUGA